GUUUCCCCUAAACUCACCCUCUUACGGCAUGUGACGCCAGAUGUGAUUACUGCACGUACAUCCAGAUAGGGAUACAUCCACUCGUCAAACGCACAAAAUGGGAGAGAAAACAACGUCAAUUAUCAUCGGAACAUUGGUUUGUUUACUAGGAAUGGCCUCAUGGAUCGAUAUCAAUGGUCUAUGGGUCCAAUUUCCAUUAAUGGUCCACUUUCUACCCGAGGGAUGGAAUUUAGCGUCCUAUGUCGUCAUCAUAAGUCAAGUUGCUAACAUUGGACCGUUAAUAUUCGUACUGCUCAGCAAGUUCACCAAGUAUCACCUUGAAGUACCCACUAAUUACUUAAUCAUCGGUAUUGGUGCCAUAUCGUGCUUAAUGCUUGCUUUCUUCUGGGACCGCACUUCUUACGUCAACGGUGUCGAGCACAGUACUGCACUAUUCACUCUCUCAUUCUUACUGACUUUAGUUGACUGCACGUCGUCCGUUUCUUUCUUGGCCUUCAUGUACGUGUUUCCCAUGAGAUACAUGACACCCUAUUUUAUCGGCGAAGGGCUCAGCGGGUUCGUUCCAGCGCUAGUCGGAUUGAUGCAAGGAGAAGGAGGGAAUCCAGAGUGCAGAAAUUCUUCGGUUUUAAACGAGACUUCAAACAUUACCACUUACGAACUAUCCUAUUACAAACCGCCGCCACGUUUCUCUAUCGAUGCCUUCUUCUUCUUCCUUGCUGCGAUGCUGUUGUGUAGCUUUGUGGCGUUCGCUAUGCUGAACAACCUGCCGAUGUGUAAACGUGAACAAGCAAUGAAGGUUGAUACCGAUAAGAACGUUCAACUAAUAGACCGAAAAUUUGCGGAUAAGGGGGACCAAGUGAUUGGUGAUAGCGAUUAUUUUGAUCAAUCAACACAGACCAUUGAAUUAGAUUUCGAGGAAUCUGCUAGCAGUAAAUCCAAAACAAAAAGUUCUCUGACUAAAUGUGACUGGGUGUACAUGCUGCUACUGGAGGCGUGGGUCAACGCCAUCAUGAACACGGUCAUGACUUCGAUCCAGACUUACUCUACGCUACCGUACGGCAACGUCGCCUACCAUCUAGCCGUCACGUUGGGCCUGAUGGCUAAUCCAACCGCGUGUGUAUUUGUUCAUUUUCUACCGACAAGAAACAAUAUUUUGAUUGGAUUUAUAACUUUUCUGGGCAGCUGUAUCGGUGCGUACAUCAUGUGGACGGCGCUAGGGAGUCCGUAUCCCGUGCUCUGUGGUAGUAUAUGGGGAGAAGUGCUUGUGGUACUAGCGUGGAUCUUCAUGGUCGGUCUUCUUACUUACGUCAAAGUCAUGAUUGGAGUAAUUUGUCGUGAUAAUGGACGAAAAGCCCUGAUGUGGUGCGGUGCCGCGAUGCAAGCUGGGUCGUUGAUCGGUUCUAUCGUCAUAUUUCCAUUGGUCAAUGUGUUGUACUUGUUUACACCAAACGACCCAUGUGGUGACACUUGCUGGAACUAGGGCAGUUUCAUUGACAUUUAUUUUUUCUGUUUUUAAUUGUCUUUUUGUACCGCAUCUCGGUCGCCUUAACUAUAUAUAAUACAGAACACCGGAACUUUUAGUUAUUGUCCACACUGUCAUAUUGAAUUGACACAGAUGAACGCUUUACCCAAAGAUCGCAAAAUAAACGUACUUAUUAAUAUUCAUGAUCCAAUUCUAACUCUCUAACACCAAUUAGCUAAUGACCAACAUCGAGUUCCGGGUACGAGUAGCUCAAGGGAUAGCGUGUGUAUGACACACUUGCUUGGUCGUCUGAGAUAUGGGGUCUGAGUUUCAACUCUGCAUUGUUGAUUUCCCCUUAGUGCAACAAGGCUAGGGUUAGAAGAUCAUAGGGCAGUUUAUGAGAACAAAGAUUUCACUUGAUCCUAGUUGUAACAAUGUAGUCUAGUCAGACUCGAAAACAAUAUAUGAAGUUCUACAAUAAAGCAUUAUGAUUGUCAUAACCAAGAAAACACUUUUGUUAACAAUAUGAUCUCUGUAUUUGCCUUUAACGAAAAUUAGAAGUGUGAGUUUGCGCUCAC